UGGCGGUGGUGCAUUCUUGCGUGGGUGCGGUUGUGUGCGUUCGUGUGGGUGUGCGUGUGCAGGGUGUGCUGUGCUUGCCACACACACACACACACAGACAGAGAGAGAGAGAGAGAGGGCCGCGGGGAAACAUGAGCAGGGUGCUGCUCUAGAUUGAUGUUGGAAGCUGUCAAGAGUCGAACCUUUCCGUUUUCGUCGAAAGAGCGGUGAGCAGCUCCUCGCGAAAGAGGACGGCUGGCUAUGGUUAUGGGUCAGUUGCCCAUCGUGCUUCCUUGGCGUUGAGAGUGUUGCGUCAGUUGCCCAUUGUGCUUCGUUUGGCGUCCAGUAUUGCCUUCGUGGAAUCUAUCUGUAAGAAAACAACCUUUUGGCGGUGAAGUUACGCCCGGCAAGGAGCUGUUCGGUCGGGAAAGCGACAGCUUCAACAAUCUUUUGCUCUCGUCUCCUUUGGCACCACGGCUUCGCUGUAUGUAUAUAUAUAUUAUAUAUGCGUAACUCUGACGAAACAGUUUGUCACAGCCCCUCGUUUGUUGUCCUCUUCUCCCUCUCUGCCUACGGUUUACCGGGCAGUUCUAUUUGACGAUAUAUUAUAUAUGCGUACGUUUUACCGGGCAGCUCUGUUUGACGAUAUAUAUGUAUGUAUGUAUGUAGAUGUAUCUCUCAUCCCCCCCUUUGUCUUAGUUAUUUCUGCAGAAAAGGGGACCACCCACCAUCUUUCUUAACCCUUAACCUUAAUGAGAGAAACCCUAUGACUAACCUGAGGUCAGGUCAAGCAGAGUAUUAUGUUUCACCUCUUUUUUUUUCGGAUCAAUAGUCAACAGUUUGACGCAGCUAUCCUUCUUCCUUAUUAUCAUCGCAUUCUUCCUUGUUCUUGGCGUAACAACUUGGAAACCUUUUCUUGUGCUGUACAUUCAUGACACAUGAUUGUGGGCUCUUCUGUUUCCCUCAGUCUCUCAAACUGCAGCAGCAGCAAUCUGUGGCCCAUUCCCACUGGGCCCAGUUGAUUCCCCUGCCUACAAGGAGAUCAAUGGUCAUCAGAAACUUUCUUGGAAUGCGUUUUUCUCUUCAUGACGCCGUUGAGCUGCUCUGUGACAUUCAAUAUGGUACUAUAGGUAUAGAUCAGUGAAGAAUAUGGUACUAUAGGUAGAGCACAAGUUUAGUAUUAUUGGCCGGUAAAUCACUGAGGCAUCUAUCUAUCUGUGCGUUAAUAGGUAGAUUACGGAAGCAUUGGCGUAAUAAUUGGUUGAUCCCUAAGAACACCUGGACGGCGUAGGGAGGGCCCUGUUCUCGCCAUCACCGUCGACGUCGUCAUUGCCAGCUUCAUCUUCCACCUCGUUGGAGCAUUCGUAUAUAUCUCCAUUCCAGCGAAAUGCACAGCCGACUUUCCGCCAGUGAUGAUAGUGAGGAUGGAGUAGAGGAGGAGGGGAAGGUAGCAGAGAGCAUCAGUGGAUCUGGCAUGCCCUUGUGGACUGCGCUUGUACCUGGGUACCAGCAUGGAAGUAGUGCUGACCAAGCUGAUGUGGGGAAGAAUGCUGAUGACGAUGACAGCGAUGAGGACGUUGGCGCUGGUAGAAGCGAUGGUCCGGGCAAGGGUCUGCAGGCAGAGAAAGUGGCAGGGUCCGAUUCGAGCUUUCCGGAUGUCAACAACCUCGAUGCGUCCAUUCGGUAUCUGAAUCAGAUGCUUGUGGUGUAUGGUUUCCCGUCCCCGUUAGAUUUGACUCCAGCUCCUGCGGACAAUGCGGCGGUUGCAAAGACGUGCAACUGCUUGUAUGCACUCCUCCAGCAGCGUCAACGCGAUAUCGAGUUCAGGGACUCGAUGACUGAGCAGAGGCAACGGUUGUUGUCGGCAACGUCUCGGCUGGAGGCAAAAGUGGAACGCCUGGAGACGCAACUUACGAGCAAAGACCGGGAAUUAACGACGAUGACACUGGAAAAGCAGAAGAUGGGUGCAGCUCACAGAGUCCAGAUUGAUAAGCUGCAAUCGGAGAGGGACGAGUUCCAACGGAUGUCGAUCGGCAUGCAGCAGCUGAGGGUGCAGCAGGCGCAUGAGAUAAGAAAGAAGGAGAAAGAGUACACCAAGUUGCAGGAGCGCCUGAAUCAAGUCGUCAUGGAGAAGAAGAAGGAGAGUAAGGCCGGUAUGGAUAUAGUCAACAUGCUGCAGAAGGAAGGCCGGCAAAGGGGGACCUGGAGUGGGAAGAAAGCGGACAGCGAUUUCUACAAGAUGAUCGUUGAUUCCUAUGAAGCCAAGAAACAAGAGUUGCUGGUGGAAAACGCUGAUCUGCGAGCGUCGCUACGCUCGCUGCAGGCCGACAUGCGUGAGCUCUUGAACAGCCAAGGACACGUGAAAGGCGACGCGAAUCAUAUGGGUGCCGUGAUGACACCCUGCGAAACACCUUUGAGGGGGCGCACAGAUAUCUUCGAUCUGCCUUACCAUCUCACACGGGACGAGAUAGAGAACAGUAUGCGUGCCAAGAUCGCAUCCAUUCGAGAGAGGAUGGAACACCUGCAGUCUGCGCAGUCGAUGGUGCCGGAGAGAGAGACAGCAACUCAGCGAGAAAUCGAUCUUGAGGCCCAGCUCCUCGAGGCUAGAUCUCUCAUUCAAGAACAAGAGUCCAUUAUUCAGAUGUCUAUCUCGAUCGGCGAUGCCCCACGGCAUUCGGAAAGGAUGAAUAUGGAGCUUCAGCAGGAAGCUGCCUUGUCUGCAAUGGAAGAGGAUCGCGCGCUGCUGGAGGAGCGGAAGCGUCAGUUGGAGUCGGAGAGAGCGGCAUAUGAGAGUAUGGCGUUGCAGCUGGACGAGGAGAGGCGGAAACUUGGGAGAGAGAGGCGGAAGUUGGAAGAAGAGCAAAGGGCUUGGCAGACGUCUCUGCAGCUUUGGGGGGGGGGGAAUGUGAGCUCGCCGCAGGAGGAAGGCCAUCACCAUGUCUCAGGUGCUUCAGAUGUCGAUAUUUCCCAUUCAAAGCUGAGACAAAGUGCGGCGGACAGACUCUUGCAGGAGGAAAAAUUCCGACUGCCGAUUCCACCUUUAGGAGACACUGUCUAGUGGAUUAACAAACAAGCCUCUGUACGGAAGGGCCAUCGUCGUGUUUAUAGUGUUCUGGCAGAAGAGAGAACCUCCGGUGUGGACGUGUCCUGUGCGAGGCUCCAGCAAAAUGGAACGCGCAGAAUCUUGCAGCAUCAAUGAUCAUUUUCACAGCAGAUUGCACCGCCGCUCGUGGAUGCUGUGUAUGUAGUAUGUACCAGGCGCCGCAUUGUCAUGAGACAAAAAAGCUUUCUGGAGAAGUGCAAUGACCGGACUGGUGGAAGAGAGGGUCUGCCUGUUCUUUAAUGUGUGUGCAGUUUUGUCGCUGGAGAAAGUCGGAUGUCAUUCUGCUUUGAUGUGCCCUCUGCAAGUUCCUGAAUUUGAUUCUUUGGGCCUCGCUCCGCUACUCUCCACAUGCACAAAAGACAAAAGUUACCGUGCUGUAUCUUCCCAGGUUGUAGCGGAAGACCCAUUCUCAUUUUGAACAUUUGGAGAGUAGUGUAGCGAGGCUCUUUGUAGCCACACAGGUGAGGUGACGAUGCUAUCGGAGGCAGAGGGUCCGUCGAAAGCAAGCCUGCGCUACGAGCAAUCGUGUGAAGCCUCCACAUUGCCGUCAAACCACCGGUACUUGCUAGCCUCUUUUUCCCCAGGCCGAUUUCUGCCGCGCGCGGUUCGAGGUUGCAAUAUAUAUUUGUAUAUGCUUUUUGCCUGGUGCUGCCAGCAUUUCCGAUUCCGUAGGCCGAGCCCCGAAAGUCCUGGUCCGCGUACGGCCACGUUCGAACGAUUUGCCUGUGAAACGUACGGGCAAGGGGUUUAAGCUCAGAGUGCUGCUUUCCAUAGGAGCAUAGAGGCCGAUUUCUGCCGCGCGCGGUUCGAGGUUGCAAUAUAUAUUUAUAUAUGCUUUUUGCCUGGUGCUGCCAGCAUUUCCGAUUCCGUAGGCCGAGCCCCGAAAGUCCUGGUCCGUGUACGGCCACGUUUGAACGAUUUGCCUGUGAAACGUACGGGCAAGGGGUUUAAGCUCAGAGUGCUGCUUUCCAUAGAAGCAUAGGGUGCAGUAAACUGGAAGAGGGGUGGGUCUCCCUUUCUUUGACACCAGCCUAUAAGGCUUGCGGGCAGCAAAUAGUCAAUGGCUGGUUUUUGUACUGUGAAGUGCCCUCCAUAAACUCCAGAAUUUGGUCCGUGGUGGCCUUGGCGGUUGAAUUAUGAUGAUAUGGGCGAGGCAGAGAGUGGGUAACACCAUGAAGGAGCUGUGCACGCAUAGACGUGCACUCACAUGUGUGGAUGUCGGUGUGCCUCAGAGACACAUGGAGACGGGAAGAUGGGCUCCAAGAACGUAAGUGGGAGGGAUGGCAUGGAUGUGUGCCCGCAUCGACGUGCGCUCGGAUGUGUGGAUGUCGGUGUGCCUCGGAGACACGCGGAGACGGGAAGAUGGGCUCUAAGAACUUAAGUGGGAGGGACGACAUUGCUGUAAUUUGUGUACACACUAACGCCAGUGUCAAUGGUUUGCGACCUUCUCUUGCGCCAAGGGGUAUGUGUGGAUUCAGUGGGACGUUUGUUGUUGUUAAGGUGGAUAGAACGUCGGUUGCUCCGAUCGCUUUUCAAAGAAGCAGCAGCAUGGUUGGGCAAUGGGAUGUUGCACUGCAAGCUGCAAAAGAAUGUUCCAAAGUUUUGUAGCAAUAUAAUAUACUUCGGUGUAGUUGUUUUGCCUUCAGGAGAACUGGCUGAACCUUUUUUUUUUUUUUCAAAGAACUUGCAAGGGCUUUUUAUGAUUUUAGAAUCUAGAUGUUUUUUUUUUUUUUUUUUUUUUUUUUUUUUUUUUUGAGUGGAAAGGUGGUGGUGUGCAUGUCAAGGACUUGCGCGAGGUCUAUUUUCUGUUGUGUUCAACAUCAUCAACCUUGCCUCUGCCCAAUCGGCAGAGUUUCCUUCUCCCCUCGUAGUGUAUCUUGUAAUCUACUGCUCGCCUCAAUCAAAUGGAUUCUUGUUG